GGAAGGACCCACUGUGGGGCUGGGACGAGGCAAAACCGCAGAAAAGAGGAAGCCCUCGAGUGCCCCAGCCCAGUGCCGGCAGCUGCCUGGGCAGACACACGCAGGCACCUCACAUGCCGCCGCACCGGCCCUUCCCUGGUGUCAGUUCUGUCACCCAAGAAGGUGACAGCCAGCCCAGCAGCAUGCCCCGGGCACCACCACUGCCACAGCUGCUCUGGGGCUGGCCCAGCAUGAAGGUGGUGGUCACCACUGCGGUGUUUAUAUCCACCCUCUGGAAUUUGAGGUGCUUCCUCAGUGCCUCCGAGGUCUCCAGAAAAGCCCCUAAGCCCGCUGAGCCACUGGUGGUCCUGGUGUGGGAAUGGCCCUCAAAGCAGGUCCCCAACAUCAGCAGGGACAUUUGCCAUGAGCUGUACAGCAUUGCAGGCUGCUGGCUCACCAUGGAGCGACGGCUCCUGGGCCGGGCGGACGUGGUGGUGUUCCCCCACACCAGGCUCCAGCCCGGCAGGGACAGGCUGCCCAAGGAGAAGCCACCGGGGCAGAACUGGGUGUGGGUCUCCCUGGAGUCCCCUUCCAACACUAAAGCUCUAGCGGGAUGGAACCAGACCUUCAACUGGGUGAUGACCUACAGACGGGACUCGGACAUCUUCAUUCCCUAUGGCAAGCUUGUGCCCAGCCAGUCAGCCACCAUGAACAUCCCCAUGAAGACCAACUUGGUGUCUUGGGUUAUCAGCAACUACCACAGGACUCAGAAAAGAGCUGAAGUCUACAAAAACCUCUCCAGGUACCUCCAUGUGAACAUAUACGGGAAAGCAAACAACAAGCCACUUUGCAAGGACUGCCUCUUGCCAACCACAUCCAAGUCCAAGUUCUACCUGGCCUUCGAGAACUCCAUCCACCAGGACUACAUCACCGAGAAGCUAUGGAGGAACUCGCUGAUGGCUGGCACUGUGCCCGUUGUGUUGGGACCUCCCCGGGCCAACUACGAGCAGUUCAUUCCUGCGGACUCCUUCAUUCACAUCGAUGACUUUGGCUCCCUGGAAGAGCUGGCCGCUUUCCUGAAGACCAUGAACUCCAGCCGCUACCGGCAGUUCUUUGCCUGGCAGAAGAGGUACAGGGUGAAGCUCUACGCUGACUGGAGGGAGCGGAUCUGCACCAUCUGCACUGCCUACCCCAGCCUGCCCCAUGGCCGUGUCUAUCCCAACCUGGAGAGCUGGUUCAACACCUAGCACAGGGCUGGUGUGUGCUGGGACCGUCAGGGACAUAUCUGGGUAGGGGAUGGAGGAGUGGGGGAGCAUGGGGAACCCUCCUACACACCAGGACGUGGGGCAGGGAGGGAUGUGAGAACCCCAACCUCUCCUCCCAACCUGGCUGUUGCUACACUGGGACCUUGAGCAACUCUGCGUGACUUAAUUUCUUGCAAAACGGGACUAACCCCUCUGCCCCUACCCAACACUGACCUACCUCGCCAGGGUGCUGGCAGGACAAGAGGGUGCUUUGGAAAUAAAUGACACAGUGCUGCA